CUCAUAUUAUAAUUAUUUUCUACAAGAAUAUUUAUUUUGAAAGCUAGAUGAAACUAAUCCUACUAAUUCAUUAAUAUACAUUCAAUGAGACCCUCUCUCAUCUUGCGUGUAUCUUCUCCUCUAUCUAUAUAUAUAUAACAGCCACUAACAUGCAGACAUCAAACUAUCUCUCUUUAAAUCUCAAGAACAAGAACUAAACUACUACUAGUCUUCACCAAGAAUAAUAUAUCAACACACAUAGUAUACUCUUCUUGGAAGGCAAGGAACAUGAAUCAAGAAGCUGCGAGUAACCUUGGACUUGAUCUGAAACUAAAUAUUUCACCGUCGUUGGAUUCAUCUUUGCUCACUGAGAGUUCAUCGUCAUCGUUAUGCUCGGAGGAAGCUGAGGGUGGAGGAGGAGAGGCUAAAUCAAUGGUGGUCGUUGGCUGCCCUAAUUGCAUCAUGUACAUCAUCACUUCUUUAGAGAAUGACCCUAGAUGCCCUAGAUGCAACAGCCAUGUUUUGCUUGAUUUUCUCACAGGAAACCAUAGCAAGAAGAGCACUAGUUAAAAAAAAAAAUAAAAAAAAAAUACAUAAUAUUAAAUUAAGGAUGUUCUUUUAUUUUUCUUUCUUUUUUCUUUUCCUUAAUUUGUUGCCACAUUUAUUGAUAGUUUGAAUUAAUCCACAAUGAACGGAUAUGUUCAUAAAAUCGAAACCUAUAUACUUAUGUUUUUAAAACAUCCUUAACUUCAUUUGUAAUAUUGACUGCUUAACGAUGGAUAAUUCUUGUAGAAAACUAAGCAAUAUUAAUAUUGAUUCUUUGCAACGGGUGAUUACAAAAAUUUAAACUUGGAUUAAUAGCUAGUAUAAAUGAUGGAUGUGUCAUUGUGUCCUCAUCAAAAGGUUACGUAUUCGGACUAUUGCGAUAUUUAAUUUUAUAAAUGGAAA